UUCGCCAUCUGGGAACACUUCUCGUGAAAACGGACGCGGAUUUUCAUUUAUGGUGCGGAAACCAACAACAACAGACUAAAUAAAAACAAACAGAUGAAAAGAAAGAAAAUUCCGGGUAACGAACGGAGAUGGUGAAAACUUGAAAGCAUUAAAUUUUUUAAAGUGCAAAAAAUCAAACAAAACGAUUAAAUUAUAUACAAAUAAACAAAACGGAGUCAAAGUCGGACAAGCACAAACAUACCGACAGACAGACGCGAAGGAAGAUUCGAAGAAGAGGGACUAAAGGAGAAAAAGGUGCGACAAGGGGAGAAUCAAAGUUCAGCGCAGGAAACUACGCUCUUUAACAUAAACUAAAUGUUGCGCUAAGCCAACGGCUUUGGUUAUAGGAUAUAGUCCUGGCAAAUCGGUUGCAACUUCGGCCGAGCCAAGUUAAUUUAGCCGGAAACGGAAACGGAAACGGACCAUGUGAUCUACAAUAAAUGCAAUUGUAUACAAACACACGUCUGUUGGGAGAGUUCUUGAUAAUGCCAGCGAUUAAUAUGUCCAAUAAUUAAGAGCGGUAGCGGGAAAUCGCCGAGGGACAGAUCUAGAUCUGGAUUAGCCAUUUAUCGCAUGUGAAAGGCAGCGGCAGCGGAAACGGUAACGGUAACGGAACCGGAAACAGCAGCGAAGAGCUCGGAACCGGAAACGGAAACGAAAGUGGCCAGUGGUUAGCGGCGUCAUCCAGUGAGCAAUAAUGACGAAGAAGUACGAAUUCGAUUGGAUCAUCCCGGUGCCGGCGGAACUGACCACGGGCUGUGUGUUCGAUCGUUGGUUUGAGAACGAAAAGGAGACCAAGGAGAACGACUUCGAGCGCGAUGCCCUCUUUAAGGUCGACGAGUACGGAUUCUUCUUGUACUGGAAGAGCGAAGGCCGGGAUGGUGAUGUCAUUGAGCUGUGUCAAGUGAGCGACAUUCGUGCAGGCGGAACACCAAAGGAUCCGAAGAUACUGGACAAGGUUACAAAGAAGAAUGGCACCAACAUACCGGAACUGGAUAAGCGAUCCCUGACGAUCUGCUCGAACACGGACUAUAUCAAUAUAACAUAUCACCAUGUUAUUUGUCCAGAUGCGGCAACAGCCAAGAUCUGGCUAGAUGGCAUACGAAAAAUAACCCAUAAUGUCAAAGCGAACAAUAUCUGCCCCAUGAUGUGUCUGCGGAAACAUUGGAUGCGACUGAGUUACUGUGUGGAGAAGAGCGGAAAAAUUCCGGUGAAAACGCUGGCCAAGACCUUCGCCUCCGGCAAAACGGAGAAGCUGGUGUACACCUGCAUCAAGGACGCAGGUCUGCCGGAUGACAAGAACGCCACGAUGACCAAGGAGCAGUUCACCUUCGACAAGUUCUAUGCUCUGUACCACAAGGUCUGUCCUCGAAACGACAUCGAGGAGCUCUUCACCUCCAUCACCAAGGGCAAGCAGGACUUUAUCAGUCUGGAGCAAUUUAUCCAGUUUAUGAACGAGAAGCAGCGCGACCCUCGGAUGAACGAGAUCCUGUAUCCCCUCUACGAGGAAAAGCGCUGCACGGAGAUUAUCAACGACUACGAGCUCGAGGAGGAAAAGAAGAAAAACGUGCAACUCUCGCUGGACGGCUUCAAGCGCUACUUGAUGUCCGACGAGAAUGCGCCGGUGUUCCUGGACCGACUGGACUUCUACAUGGAGAUGGACCAGCCGCUGGCCCACUACUAUAUAAACAGCUCGCAUAACACGUACCUCUCCGGCCGUCAGAUCGGCGGCAAGAGCUCCGUGGAGAUGUACCGCCAGACCCUCUUGGCCGGAUGUCGGUGUGUCGAGCUCGACUGCUGGAACGGAAAGGGCGAGGACGAGGAGCCGAUUGUCACCCACGGCCACGCCUACUGCACUGAAAUCCUGUUCAAGGACUGCAUCCAGGCAAUCGCGGACUGCGCCUUCGUGUCGUCCGAGUAUCCUGUCAUCCUCUCCUUCGAGAACCACUGCAAUCGCGCCCAGCAGUACAAGUUGGCCAAAUACUGUGAUGACUUCUUCGGCGAUCUGUUGCUGAAGGAGCCGCUCUCGGAUCACCCGCUGGAACCGGGACUGCCGCUUCCGCCGCCCUGCAAGCUUAAGAAAAAGAUCCUCAUCAAGAACAAGCGGAUGAAGCCGGAGGUGGAGAAGGUGGAGCUGGAGCUGUGGCUCAAGGGCGAGCUGAAGACGGACGACGAUCCGGAGGAGGAUGCCAGCGCGGGCAAACCGCCGGAGGCUGCCGCCGCACCCGCCCCCGCACCGGAGGCAGCCGCCGCCGCCGAAGGUGCCGCCGAGGGGGGCGGGGGAGCGGAAGCGGAGGCCGCCGCUGCCAACUACAGUGGCUCCACCACCAACGUGCACCCGUGGCUCUCAUCCAUGGUCAAUUACGCGCAGCCCAUCAAGUUCCAGGGCUUCGACAAGGCAAUUGAGAAGAACAUUGCCCACAACAUGUCCUCGUUCGCCGAAUCGGCUGGAAUGAACUACUUGAAGCAGAGCUCGAUCGACUUUGUCAAUUACAACAAGCGCCAGAUGUCCCGCAUCUAUCCGAAGGGCACGCGGGCGGACUCCUCGAACUACAUGCCGCAGGUGUUCUGGAACGCCGGCUGCCAGAUGGUCUCGCUCAACUUCCAGAGCUCCGAUCUGCCCAUGCAACUCAACCAGGGCAAGUUCGAGUACAACGGUGGGUGUGGCUAUCUGUUGAAACCCGAUUUUAUGCGUCGAGCCGACAAGGAUUUCGAUCCGUUCGCCGAUGCGCCGGUGGACGGUGUGAUUGCGGCCCAGUGCUCGGUGAAGGUGAUUGCCGGCCAGUUCUUGUCGGACAAGAAAGUGGGCACGUACGUGGAGGUGGACAUGUUUGGCCUGCCCUCGGACACGGUGAAGAAGGAGUUCCGCACCCGCCUGGUGGCCAACAACGGGCUGAAUCCGGUCUACAACGAGGAUCCGUUUGUGUUCCGCAAAGUUGUGCUGCCCGACUUGGCCGUGCUGCGAUUUGGGGUUUAUGAGGAGAGCGGAAAGAUCCUGGGACAGCGAAUCCUGCCGCUGGACGGCCUGCAGGCUGGCUAUCGCCAUGUCUCCCUGCGAACGGAGGCCAACUUCCCCAUGUCGCUGCCCAUGUUGUUCGUGAAUAUCGAGCUAAAGAUCUACGUACCUGACGGCUUCGAGGACUUUAUGGCCAUGUUGUCGGAUCCGCGCGGCUUCGCCGGCGCAGCCAAGCAGCAAAACGAACAGAUGAAGGCCCUAGGCAUCGAGGAGCAGAGCGGCGGUGCCGCCCGCGAUGCCGGCAAGGCCAAGGAGGAGGAGAAGAAGGAGCCACCGCUCGUCUUCGAGCCGGUGACGCUCGAGUCGCUGCGGCAGGAGAAGGGCUUCCAGAAGGUGGGCAAGAAGCAGAUCAAGGAGCUGGACACCCUGCGCAAGAAGCACGCCAAGGAGCGCACCUCGGUGCAGAAGACCCAGAAUGCGGCCAUCGACAAACUGAUCAAGGGCAAGAGCAAAGAUGACAUUCGCAACGAUGCCAACAUAAAGAACUCGAUCAACGACCAGACCAAGCAGUGGACCGACAUGAUCGCCCGCCACCGCAAGGAGGAGUGGGACAUGCUGCGCCAGCAUGUCCAGGACUCGCAGGACGCCAUGAAGGCACUCAUGCUUACGGUCCAAGCGGCGCAGAUCAAGCAGCUCGAAGAUCGGCAUGCCAGGGACAUCAAGGAUCUGAAUGCCAAGCAGGCAAAGAUGUCGGCUGACACUGCUAAAGAGGUCCAGAAUGACAAGACUCUAAAGACAAAGAACGAGAAGGACCGUCGCUUGCGCGAGAAGCGUCAGAACAACGUCAAGCGCUUCAUGGAGGAAAAGAAGCAAAUCGGCGUUAAGCAGGGACGCGCCAUGGAGAAACUCAAGCUAGCGCAUUCGAAGCAGGUCGAGGAAUUCAGUACCGACGUGCAAAAGCUUAUGGACAUGUACAAAAUCGAGGAGGAGGCCUAUAAGACGCAAGGGAAGACGGAGUUUUACGCCUAAGAUCUCCAGGUCAAAGGUCAAAACUGGGAGCACCGCGAUACUUAAAAAGAAAUUUCAAAAAACACUACUAAACCAAGAAAGGAAAGAAUGCUGAUCGAGAUAAAGAUUCUAACAUAUAAACUUCUUUAUAUAUUGUAUUUUACACACUCAUCUGAAACACACACACACACUCGCCCACAUCGUAAAUGGAAUAACUUUACUUAAACAUUUACAUGUAUGUUUUUUUCCAGAAAACAUAGGCAUAAUAUUUAUCAACUAGAAUUCAAAACUGGAAAGUCAACACUUUGUGCUUUAUAUUUAUUUAAGAUUCUGGUGAGGAAGAAAAAACGCGGUUGAAAAGUUUACGAGAAGGUCAGACACUAAGAUGUGUGUUUUGUGGGGAACAGCCCCUCUCGAAUCCAUUGUAAUUUAUUUUGAAAAACAAGAAGAAACACUAACUAAAAAAAGAUUACGAAACAUCUUUAAGGGUAUUUUUGUGCUAACAACACAACAACAACGGUACACCGAUAUGUUUAGGCCACAUAUGUAUGUACAUGGCGUUUCAGGGCCAUAAGGAAUACCUCGUAGUUCUUUUAGCGGUGAAACGCACUGUACCCACGCAUAUAUAAUACAUAACACCAACCACAUCCCUGACCCAAAAGUAAUCGUACGUUUCAAGUGAACUACUUACAUGAGUUUCCGAUUCUCCACCUAAUAGCUUAGCCAAACUACCUAAUCAGUAAGUCGAGAAACCAUUUACCGUAAAGCAAAAGCGAAAAAGCCCACAACUAACCCCCGUAAAACAGAUCGAAAUAUAUAUUUCGAGAAAUAUAAAUGUAUUAGGAUUUUUUUUCACUGGCAUUUAUUUUGCAAUAAACUCUCAACUGCUCGAGAAGUAUGUGAAACCCGAUAACAGCAUUCAUAGUCAUGAACAAAAAGUAAAGCAAAUAGUUUUUAAAGUAAAUGUUAUAAAACCUAAGUAUUAAAUGUGUAAUUCAAACAAUGAAACACCCCUACCGGCAGAUAUAUAUACAACUCACACACAACACAGAAAAACAAGUUAUUUUUGCUGAGAAUACCACAACAAAAAAUGGUUUUUGUUUUCCAUAAAAUGUGAGUUUCAAUCCACUUUGUUUUAGUUUAAUCUAAUCUAAUUUUCAAUUUAAACCAAACGAGAUAAAGAUUUUUGCGAAUUUUACAAACAGAAAAAGUAGCCAAAAAUAUAUACAUGUAUACACAAAACAAAAACAAAACACGAAAACAUACAUAGAGAUCUAGUGAAUAUAUACCAAAGUAAGGUUAACAAACAAGAACUUAAGAUAGAUUCUGUCAAGACCGUUUUUGUUGCACUCGAAAUUUGCUGUUUGCAUGUAUUGAAGUUGUUGCAAAAAAACCAACAAAAAAUGUUGAAAAAAACUAAUUAAGUAAAAACCAAAAAUCUAUUAAAUUAAACGAAAAAUGCAAAAGGCAAUGGGGAAGUGGAAAUUCCAUACACAAAUAUAAUUUCCCUUUAAUUAAAUUUAAACUUGAAUAUGUGCCCUAAAGAUGGAAGAAGAAGAAGAAGCGUUUACACUGUGCUAUUAACGAAACGAAACCAUUUAGUUAACUCAUACAAGGUAAUUGUACUAAAUUAUGUACUAUAUUAAACCUACGCCUACGACUAUGUAUUUAGAGAAUUGAUCAAGUUUUAUGAAUGUGAUAAGCGGUUACAUUUUAUUACAAGAAAGCGAGGAAAAGCGAAUCCAAACAGUUUUUACCCCGAAUACUUUCGCCUUACUGUUUUUUUGUUUUUUUUUUUUAAGGGCACGAGUUGAAGAUCGAAAGUUGAAGGAGAAAAUCGAAUGCGAAGCUUUGUAUGAUAUGUAAUAUAAUGUGCCAAUCCCAAUGUUAACCAAAAAAAAAAAAAGGAGAAGGAAGAGAAGUAAGCAUUGUCUAACUGAAAUCGAAACUAAUUUAUUUAUUCGCAUGUAUAAUGUAUACAUUAAAUAGAGGCCUAGCCUCUUAGUCAAAAAGGUCCCAAUUCUGGCACACCCACAACCCAAAAACCACUCAUCAGGUCCAGGCAAUAUUGGCGAGGUCAAAAACGUUCCAAACUUUGAGUUUUGAUUGUGUAAAAUCGAUGGCGCCUCUUUGCAGUCUUAUAACACCUUUUACUGAACAAUAACAAAGCUUUUUGUAAAAUUAAUUGGCGCCUAUACAGUAAAAUAUAAAUUUAAAAAUUUUUGAACCUCGUUUGUUUAUAAGCCGAUAAAAAGAAUAUCAUUUUAGUGAGCACUUAAAAAUGGUCAUUAUAUUACCAGACAGCAUUAAAGGUCAAUUUAAAAAAUUACUACCCCACCAAUUGAUUGCCUGGCUUGGUCUACACUUAGAUAAAUGUGUCAAUUUUUUUUUGAUUUUGUGUUAAUUUUUUUUAUCAGAUCUAAAUAAGUUGUAGUUUAUGAAGCGCUAGAGCGAAUUGUUACAGGAUAUGAACGAUCUAGUUUCUACUUCUGCAAGAGAAAAACCGCAGAUUAUGAAUAAAGGUAGUCCGUAGCGAGACAACUCGUAAAUGUAUCUACUAUCUACAUGUAUUGAUUAUGUUUGUCAGCAGAACAAGAGUGGCUUCUGUAUAAAUAUGAUUACGAAAACAUAAUUGUUAUAUCUAUAGUUUAAAGCGGUCGAAAUUGUCGAUGAAUUUAACUUAUAUAAAAUGCUGCGUAUGAACUUAUGAUUAUAUACUAUAAACUACAUAUUAACUAUUAUGCUUAUGAUUACCAUUAUUAUCCUUAUUACGAUUAUGAUCACGAUUGGCGAGACAGUAACUUCAUUUGCAAUAAAUUUUAUUCCAAAGCGA